CAAAUGCAAUUUGCCAAGUGAUAUUUUUAUCAUUAUGAUUUAUUUUCUUUGAUUAGCUACUAAUACAUAGAAUUCCAGUAUAAAGCGAAGGCUGUUCAAUAUUAUAGGGGAUCGAGGUUAAGAAGAUGAACAUAUUUUUUAUCAUCAUACAUUUUUUAAGUAUUAAUGAAGUAUCUUCAAAGAAAAAGAUUUCAGACCAAAAAAUGAAUUGGUUAGACGCUCAAAACUUUUGUCAAAAACAGGGAAUGGUCUCAAAGGCUGGGAAACUUUCCUUUGAUGAACAGGACUCAGGGAAGUACUGGACAUGUCAUUAUACAAAGAGAAGUGACUGGAUUCAUUUUCUUGGAUGUUUUGACCAGGACACAGUUCUUCAUUAUGCUACAUCCAAUUUGACAAUCCUAGACAAAACAUAUGUUAAAUGUCAGUUGUUCUGUUUGCCUGAUUCAGAGAUAUUUGGAAUACAGGGGAACAGUUGCUUCUGUUUGUCUACACUGGAUCCACAUGCUCAUCCAUUACACAUAAACUGGUGUAACUUGUUUAAUGAGAAAUUUCCAGUUGGCAAUGAAAUGAAUAAUUCCAUAUUUAUUUACAGGAAUAUAAAAUUCAACGCUAUUCGGUCUGAUAAAACUGAUGCAACAAAUCAUCAAAAAGAUUUGUGUGUGCAAAUAUUUUGUGUCAAAUUCAAUGAAGUGAAAUUUACCAUGGCCGACUGCGAGUCUAUUGGGAAUGCAUUAUGUACAAACAAAGUUCUUCUGGGUAGCUACACAUGGCUAAAAGCUAUGCAGAAAUGUGAUGAACAAUCAACGGCUGCUGAUUAUCUAGAAGCUGACAUAGAUUUAUAUGUACAUUCAGCGUUCUCCAAUCUUUGCACUAAUUAUAACAUCUCACUUAGUGGUCCUUUGUGGCUUGGAAUUCAGUCCUCAACCUUGGAAUUAGAAUACAAAGAUGAUUUAACAAAAGUCACAAAGGAUAUGAAAUGUCAAAGUUGUCGCAAGGUUUGCAAGUUCGAAGACUGCAGUAAAUCAAGACAAGCAUUUUGUGAAGCC